CUGCCUCUUGUCACAGACAGAACAGUUCACUUAAAUGCAGCUGCAGUACUUUUGUGUGAUACCUGUCAGAAUCAUUCCCAGUGCGAGGUUGGGUUUGUGACCAUGAUGUCAAGAUUGGUCUUUCUGCUUUUCUGUGGAUAUAUUGCACUAAAGCUGGGAAAUGCUCAGAAAUUGCCAAGAGUGAAAAGGCAAAGUUUAAAAGUUCAGAUCAAUGCAACAGAUGACACCAUUUGCAUGAGGUAUCUUCGACCAAGUCAAAACACCAAACUAGAAGGCUUUGUCCUGGGUUAUGGAAGCAGCUUCUUCUCUAAUCAGUACAUUCCUUUACCUUCAGAAGGAAAGACUUCCAUAACAGAAAUUGAUGCAGAGCCACGGUAUUUGGUUUCAGUAAGACCAGCACGUGUUUCAAAUAAUAAGAAAUCUUGUUCAGGUCGGAACAAGACUCAAAAGCCUUUGCAGCUAGUAGUUGGCACUCUCACCCCAACCUCUGUGUUCCUCUCUUGGGGCAUCCUAGUCAACCCUCAACAUGACUGGACAUCAACAAGUAACUGUGCUAGUGACAGGUUUUAUACAGUCCGCUACAGAGAAAAGGGUAAAGACAAGAAAUGGGUUUUUCAGCUUUGCCCAGUAACAGAAACAGUGGUGGACAAUCUGAAGCCAAACACACUUUAUGAGUUUGGAGUUAAAGACAAUCUAGACGACAGCAUUUGGAGCAAGACUUUCAAUCAUAAGACAGUUUUGUCUAAUAAAAAAGUAAAUGGACAACUCCAGAAUAUGUACAAGUUGGUACCUAAUGCCCAGACACAGCUUACGCUGCGUGAUAAUAAGAAGUUGGUUCCUGUCACAAUAAUCAAACAAGUUAUUCAAAAUCGGACGCAGUCAAAAACUUCAGAUAGCUCUUCUCUGCCAGGAGCAAUAUUAGUGCACCUUAUUGUUCCAGGUCUCAAUGAAACGCAGCAGAAACUUCCACCUCUCCUGACAAUAGAUAAUAUACCUCAAGCAUCCAGGAAAAAAUUGGCCAAGAAUGAAACUCAAGUGUGGCCUGCUGAAUCCAAAACACCAGAAGUUCAAGAAAUCUCCCCACAGUCCCUCCCAGCUCAGGCUGAGAAAAAACAUGGAUCCCAGGAAUUUAAGUCAACGCCUAAACCCGAAUUGGUGCAAACUCAAAACAUACUGGCUUCUAAUGAAAUAGAGCCAGUUCCUUCUGGAUUCAGAAUCUCUGAUGUUCCAAAAAGGCCGUUGACAGAACUUGCUACUCAGAGUCCAGGCUUGAAAUCUUUGCCUUCUGCAGAAACCAGAGAAAUGGAGAUGGCUUCUGAGGAAACACAACUUGUUUCUUCAGGAUCCAAAACAUCUGGUACCACAGAAGUGCAACCAACCAGCUCUGCUUCAUAUGACUUCCAUUAUGUUACCUCUACACCCCAAACUUUUACAGCUUCAGAAAUAUCAGACACUGCUGGAGAUACUGCUGAGUGGGAAAUAUCCAUGCCCAUAAGUACUACAGAACCCCAGUUGUUAGAAACAAUGCUGGAUUUAGAUGAAAAGAAGCCUCUUUCUUCAAGAUCCACGACACUUAGCAUGCCAGAAAUGCCACCAACCUCAGCUGCAACCCAGAGACCAGACCUGGAGUCCACCUUGUCUGCCUCACUGGAAACCACAAGGACUGUGAAGGCUACUCGGAGACCAAGGCUGAAAUCUACCACUCCUGCCUCCCUGGCAACCCAGCAAACCAUCAUGGCCUCACAUGACUUUACUUCCACUCUCCAAACAUCUACAUCUGCAAAAAUGUCAGAGCAAGAGACUGUAACUUUUCAAGCACCUUUCAAACCUGUUACAUCUGACAACAGUGAAGCAGAAUUGGCUUCUGAUGAAACACAGCCUUUUUCUUCAAGAUCCACAACAUUUGCUAUUCCAGAAAUGCCAUCAACAAAAUCUGCUACCGAGGGCCCAGGCCUGAAAUUCACAUCUCAUACUUCCACGGAAACCAGAAGGAGCAUGAUAGCUUUUGAUGAAAAUCAGCACAUUCCUUCAACAUCUGAGACAUCUAACAUCAAAGAAAUGCUGUCAGCUGUACCUGUUACUCAGAGAUCAGAGCUGGAAUCUACUUCUCUUCACCUUGCAAACCAAGAAACCGUAGAGGCAAGCCAGAGACCAGACCUGGAGUCCACCUCAUCUACUCUGCUGGAAACCACAAGGACUGUGAAGGCUACUCGGAGACCAAGGCUGAAAUCUACCACUCCUUCCUCCCUGGCAACCCAGCAAACUGUGAUGGUUACAAGUUCAGCUGACCUGGAAAUAUCUAUCCCUCCACUCUCCAGAACACCUUAUGUGCUAACAACAACUAUAGCUUUGAGUGGUGUUCAGCCUGUUCUUUCAAGCCCUGUGACACCUAGUAAGCCUGAAACAACAGAUACUGGACCAGCAACAAGUGAAUCCAUUCUGGAAUCUUUCACACCUAAAACUUCUCGUCCUUUUCAAUGGCCAAGGGUAACAUUAGCUCCAAAAGAAAUACCACUUAUUCCUUCUAAAGUGAAACCAUCUGCUACCACAGAAGUACAGCUUGUGAAACCUGCCCCUAAAUCCCCACAUUUGGAGCCUAAGACUUCUCACACUGUUGAAAAACCAAAAUCAACAUUAGCUCCUAAAGAAGCAAAAAGCACACCUUCUGCAUCCAAACCUAGACCACGUGCCAGAACCAAAAAGCCACGAACUAAACCCGCAGCAACCAUUCCAGUGUCAGUCACUACUAGGAGUCCCUACACAUAUGAACAUCCAAAGACUGCAGAGGUCUUGGAACCUAUUACAGCUAGAGUUGAACAACCAAGGUCAACGAUAGCUCCAAAGGAAACUCAACGUUUUCAUUCUAAACCUAAAACUUCGCCCAAACCUCAUAUCCCACAAGCUAAAGAUGUCCUGGAAUCUAUAACCCUUAGAACUGAUCAACUAAAACCAACAAUAGUACCAAAAGAAACACAGCGUGUUCCCUCCAAACAUAGAAUACCACUAAGCUCAGAGGUGCCACAAACCAAACCCGUUCUGGAAUCAAUUACGUUUAGAACUGAGAAACCAAGGUCAACAGAAGCUCCUAAAGAGACACGUCGUGGGCCUUCCAAACCUAAAACAUCACCCAGUCCACAUGUUCCUUCAACUAGAGCAAGUCUGAAAGAAAGUCGUCGAGUCCCUUCCAAACCCAGGGCAUCCCCAAGUCCAGAUGUACCAUACACAAAACCUGUUUUGACACCUACUACAUUUAGAGUUGAACAACCUAAGACAGCAACAGCUCCCAAGGAACCACAGCAUACUCCCUUUAAACCUAAAACAGCUCCUACCCCAGAUGCUCCACACAGCAAACCUGAAAUCAUUCCAACCUUCCAUGAACCAGAUACUACUAUGAUUCCUCAUAUUCCUGAAAGAACAAAGGCAACAUUGGCUCCAACUGAAAAACAAUUCAUUCAUACCAAAUCAAAACCAUCUGAAAAACCAAGAGUGUUGCACACCAAACCUGCAAUACAUCAGACAACUCCACAACCAAUUAUUACAAAAUCUUCUACUACCACUGAGCAUUCAAGGGCAACAAUGGCUCCAAAGGAAACACUGCUCAUUCCUUCCAAACCCAAAACAUCUGUUGAGCCAGAAGUACCACAAGCUAAACCUGCUCCAAAGGCAACACACUUGGGAUCAAUUAACCUUAUAACAGUUCAUGUUGUCGAUGGGUCCAAAAUGACUUUGGUUCCCAAUGAAACAUACCAGAUUUCAUCCAAGCCCAAAAUUGCUCAGGCAACUGAAAUUCCAUGGUUCCAUACGGCACCUCAUAAAACACGUCUCACUUCUGCAAGACCAAAGCCAUCUGAUAAAUCACAGAUGAGACCUGCUCUUAGUAAAACCACAGUAGCACCAGCUAGAACAAUAGCACCUGGACUGCCAAAGUGGAUUGUGCCAACAGAUGAAGUAUAUACACCAGAGGAUGUUGACAGACAAAUUGACGCGGAUGUGAAAAAACCUUUUGAAUAUAGUCAUACCUGGGAGAAGCCAUUUUCUGUAACUACACCACCUGGCCCUCGGCAUCCUCCUAUACCUCCUGUAAAGCCUACACAAAUGCGAAGAAAACCUUUGCCCCCAAAUACCGUGACUGGUAAACCAGGGAUUCCAGCUAAACCUACUGGACCAACAUCGCCUGUGAGGACUAGAACAUCAUAUAAGACUCCAACAGCUUUUGCAACUCCAGAAUAUUAUGUUGAUGCAACUGUCUUCAGCUCAAGUCCUACAUCAGAAACAGAUUCUUCAGGCAAGCCAAGGUACCAAGCCCCUCAUGUAAUGUAUAUGAAGAAAGAUGAGGAUGUGCCUUGCUCUAUCACAAGCUCUCUUGAACAUUUUCCUCAAGAAGAAGUUGGCACCAAGGAAGAACCUACUCGCCCUCCACAAAAUCCUCCAACAAAUCUCACAGUGGUGACUGUUGAGGGCUGUCCAACUUUUGUCAUAUUGGACUGGGAAAAACCAGAGAAUGACACUGUUACUGAGUAUGAGGUUGUAUCAACUGAAAAUGGCGCAAGUGAUGGUGAAAAGGAGAAGUCGAUUAUCACUACAAAUCAAACCCAUUCUACUGUGGAAAACCUAAAACCUGACACAAGUUAUGAAUUCCAUGUGAAACCUAGAAACCCGCUUGGUGAAGGUCCAAGUAGCAAUGUCGUGACAUUCAGUACUGAAUCAGCGGACCCAAGAGUGAGUGAGCCAAUUUCAAUGGGAAAGGAUGCUAUCUGGACCGAAAUCCCAUUCAAUUCGGAUACCUACUCAGAAUGCAAAGGGAAACAAUAUGUAAAGAGGACUUGGUAUAAGAAGUUUGUAGGUGUGCAGCUGUGUAAUUCUUUGAGAUACAAGAUAUACCUCAGUGAUUCACUUACAGGAAAAUUUUAUAACAUUGGAGACCAAAGGGGCCAUGGAGAAGAUCACUGCCAAUUUGUAGACUCGUUCUUAGACGGAAGGACAGGACAGCAAGAAGAUCUACCAGUCAAAGAUGGCUUUUUCAGGGCAGUGCGUCAGGAACCUGUCAAAUUUGGAAAAAUAGGUGGGGAGACCCACAUUAAUUAUGUUCGCUGGUAUGAGUGUGGAACAUCAAUACCUGGGAAAUGGUAGAUGCAACAUGAACUUGGUGACAAGGCCCAGCACUUACCAACCCCGCCAACUGCCCAAGGCAGGCACAAAGAUGGAAAUGUUUAUGGUUUGCCUGGCACUUAAAUAAGUUUGCUGAUGUGCAAAGGUUUAUGCAAGUCUAAUGCCAAUACUGCAUUAAUGGUGUAAUAGCGUAGGCUGCUUAUUGUAGUUACCCAGUUUUACAAAUUUGUUUUUAGACUACAAAAAAUCCCAAACAGGCUAGGGACAUGUUGUAGGAUAAUGUAUAGGGAAGCUGGCUCCCUAUCCUUGAGGUAUGGUUUAUAUGGUAUUUUAAAAGAUGCAGUGUGUGUAUUAUUUAUCACAAUGUUGUAAUAAAUGUUUAAGGCACGGGUACGGCAGAGCUGGUCAUGGAAUGCAUUAGUUUUUAAAUAUUCACUGGUUGUCCUAUAACCUAGGUGCCAUAAACUACCUGUCCAGAUAGAUCUGUAAUGUCUCUCUGGUCAUAAAUUAUAGAAAAGACCUUAAAAAUUUUAAUAUCCUGCAACCAGUUAGCUUGAAGCAUUUUCUUCUUACACGUACAAACAGUUCAUACUCCUGCCAAAACGCUGAGGUAGGUUGCUAUACAUGCAGCUUUUUUCCAAUGUUUGUUUUCAAAUGCUUGAGCUCCAGCAAAGCAGAAUGUUCAGCCUUUUGCUGCAGAGUUAGAGCCACCGCCCGUGAACUUGGCAGUGGCUGGUCGGUGGGUUUGGUUUCCCCCAUUAAAGCAGACAGGUACACGUGUCCAUGGAACAAAAACUGCCUUCCACAGCUGUCGCUUUCCAUGACCACGUAGUUUUCAGAGACUGAGACUGGUUCAAAAGCUAAAUGUAUACAGAAUGCAGGGGGGACUUGGAAAGAUAAAUGAAACAGGAAAAAAAACAAAAA